GAUCCCACAACGUUCAAUGAACCCGCGAGCCGUAGUCAAUCGUUUUAAAUUGGGAAGAAAUUAUGAAUACUAGAGUUACGAAUUGAGAAAUCGUUUUCUCAUUUCUUCUUCUUCUUCUCUGAAAUUAGGCAUGAACAAAGUUUUACCAUGUGACUACGGCUUCGCACAACUUUUUGGGUUUAUACGUUAAAAAGAUUGAGGAAUACUCGAUGAAUGUUGUGGGAUCAGUUGGUAUUCGGUGCUUCCCAUGUGAGUACGGCUCGCGGGUUCGAGUCCCCAGUUUUGCAAAAAAAAUUAAAACUUUGAGAACACAUAUCAAAACGACGUCGUUUCGAUACGCACCGUAACGGAGUUGACUAACACCCGUUAGAUUGACUCCGAUUUUUGCCCGUUGUAUCAAGUAUAGGGUAUGAGAUUCAAAUUUUAUUAAAGUUUAGGUUGUAAAAUACCCUACAAAAUUGUUCAGGUAUGAAAAUCCACAGCGAAGACAGUACGGAUAUGAAAACGACAGAUACACAACUACAAGCUAAUAUUGAUUGGGCAUGUAACGAAGGCCAAGUCGACUGUGCAAAAAUCAAUCCUGGUGGCGUAUGCUAUGAACCAAAUACUCCUACUAGCCAUGCAUCAUUUGUGAUGAACGAUUACUAUCGGAGUCACGGAAGCACUGAAGAGGCAUGUGAUUUCAAUCAUACUGGUCAAAUUAUUAGUGGUGAUCCAAGUUAUCGUCGUUGUAGGUAUGACGUGGUUUGACGUAUGAUUUUGUGAUUGGAAAGUUUUCUAACGAAUAAUACAAUUAUGUGGAAUCAAAAGUAUUUUUAAACAUUUUGUAAGGUUAAUAAAAACUAAAGUUAUUUAUCAUUCAUUUUUGGUUGUAUUAAGUGUUUUUAUCUUGAUGAUUUUGUCAUUAUAAUCAACAUUUGUUGUGAUUCUCUCAUACAACAAAGUCAUUAUGUUAACAUGAAUACAAUUUGUGAAAAAACUCUUAGAGUGCUAACAUGGUAUCACAAGUCAUCACUAUUUUCCAACGAGAACUUUUCUCACCAAGCCAGAUGGAACUCAAAUUAUGACCCGAACUAUUUAUCUUCGAAAAAGUUAUAUAUCUAUUUCACUCCCGAAACAAAAGUUCAAUAUCUGAAUCUCCCGAAUUAAUAGUUCAAGAUCUAUUAACCCACAAAUCUGGGUUUUAUCGGUUUUAUGUUUAUUUAACCGAUUAUUAAAGAAACUAAACCCAAUUAAACCAAAGAUACCAAAUUUCUCUAAUCUCUCUCUCUUCAUCUC